CCGCGCGGCCGCCCAUGCGCGGCUCCGCCUCGCUGCGGGCGGGCGCGGAAAGCGGCGGCGGGAAGCGGCGCGGGGCUCAAGCCACACAAGCAGUGUUUGCUUUUCCUGCUGGAUUCAUCAUGAUAACUCCAGCUUUUGAACUGACCCAGGACCCGGAUUUCCUUACAGUAAAAAUCAGAGUGCCUUAUGCCAGAGCUUCAGAGUUUGACGUUUACUUUGAAGGGGAAGAUUUCAAAUUUUAUGCUAAGCCAUACUUUCUCAGAUUGACACUUCCUGGAAGAAUUGUAGAGGAUGGCAGAGAAAAAGCAUCUUACAAUACAGAUGAAGGUACUUUUACAAUUCAGUUGCCCAAGGAGGUUCCUGGCCAAUAUUUUGAGGGGCUGGACAUGCUGACAUCUCUUUUAGCACCAAAGAAAUCAAGAUCAGCAAAACCUUUGGUAGAAGAGAUGGAUACAGCUGCCUCUGCUGAGGCAGAGAAUGAAGAGAAUGAAGAAGAAUUUGACUGGGAAAUGGAACAGAUUCCUUAUGAAGAAAGCCCUCCACCACUGCAGCACCCCUAUGGAUUUGGGAAUUUGCGCUCAGGGGUGUUCCAGAGGCUGCAGGAUGAGCUCAGUGAUGUUAUUGACAUCAAGGAUCCAGACCAAACUCCUGCAGAGGAACGUAGGAGGAAACGUUUGGCAGCUGAGGCUGCCAAGUUUGAGCCUGAUCAUUACCUAGCUGAUUUUUUUGAAGAUGAAGCUAUUAAGCAUCUUUUAAAGUACAAACCCUGGUGGAUUGAUGCUCAUAAAAAGAUGACAGCCUUGCAGAGAGAAAGUCAUCAGGAGCAUGACAGUCCUGCAUUUGUUGUCUUCUCUGAGGAAGAGAGAGAGCAGAUGAGAAAGUUCACAAAUAAAUCUUAUCUUCUGGAUAAAAGGAGCCGUCACCACGUAUAUCUUGGAUUAAUUGAUAUUCUUCUGGCAUAUUGCUACGAGAUCUGUGUCAAUGAAGGGGACAAGAAUGUUGAAUCAUCUUGGAACAUCAGGAAACUGAGUGCAACAUUGUGCUGGCUGGAGAGUUUCUCCAGCAUCCAUGAUGUCCUGGUAUCUUUUGGAAGAAGAGUGCUGUGCUAUCCCCUGUACAGGCAUUUUGAGCUGGUGACACGUGCCUUCAGUGACACAGUCAUGAUUCUGCAGCUGGGGAAAGCUGCAGUUUUGAAGUGUCUGCUGGACAUUCACAAGAUUUUUAUGGAGAGUGACCCUGCCUACAUCCUUAAUGAUCUCUUCAUUACAGACUAUUGCAUCUGGAUCCAGAAAGUCAACUCUCCCUGGCACUGUGGGAAGAUUUGGCUUCCACUACUUGAGAGGAAGGAGGGACUUUGCCACCUGCAGACAAAACCCCUGCACUUCUGUGUCUCACCUGUGUUCUUUUAAUGGAGUCAGCAUGGCUUAUUUCCAGAGUUUUGGGUAGUUUGCAGCCAGACUGGUUGGAAUACCAGCAUGUUUUAAUGGCUUAAAACCAGAAGUAUCAGUAGGAAAACAGUGGGAAGGGGAUUAAAUGAUUAAAGCAAGCUGCAUGUUCAAAUCUUACUAAGCUUUAUAUUGUUCUUGUCAGAUUUACUCUGUUUUUCAUACAGCUUUUGUAUUAUUUUUCCUUCCUUUUUAUAUCUUCACAGCCUUCUCUGAAAGCCACAAAAGGUGUGAGUUGGAACAGGCAUGACUAAUAUACACACACAAAAAUGUUAUUGUCUUAUUUGUUAAUACAGCAAUGCAGACUCCUGAACCAGUGGCUAAAAUAAUCUUUAUAUUUAACAGGAGACUCUGGGGGAUAAAAUAUCUGAAGUGCACAAGACAGUGAAGGAGAUAGAGAGGGAAUUUGGUAAUAAUUGUGAUCAGAAGGGGGAAUGAGACAGAAUUGAGGCAGCCUGCACAGGCUGUUACAUUUAGGUGUGACCUUAGCAGUAUUUCUUGGAGAAUUAAAGACCCUCAGUUCAUAGCUGUUCAUGAUGGUUUGUAGAUGUUGAUUCUCAUUCUGUGUGCUUUCAGUGACUCUGUUCCUAUAGGUAACAAUAUAUAAAAUACUUUAAAACAAUUACAGGUGUUUCCAAACAUUUUGAUUCCUCAAUCCUGCUUAGUUCCUGAAACAGCCAGUUCAUUUUACACUGUCAAAUUUGAAGAGGUCUUUUUCAACCACACCUUAAAUGUGUGGGAAAUUCACCAAGUAUGGGGAAAUUCAGGUCGAAGUUGAGUAGAAAAAGUGCAAUAAAUACAGGAGAAAGUUAUUUCAUGGGUGUUUGACAAAGAAAUGAGUCAUUAAGCAGUAAUACCUCUGCUGCCCAUAUCAAUGAAUAUAAUGACUAGCAAGUCAGUGAUAAACCCAGUUUUCUUUAAAUCCAGCCCAGGAAAAUGCACAGUAGCUCUAAGUGACUGAUAGAUUAACACAUUUCCUCCCAGACUCUCACAUUAUGUCCCAGUUAAGCAGAACUGACAGCUGCUGGAAAGAGGGCAAUUAAGCUAUCUUAUUGUCAGAGUGACAUGGCACAAUGGCUGUCUGUCAUUAGGAGAGCAAGAGAGAGAGAGGAGCUGCAGAACCCAGUCCUAUUUUUAGGCCUGAAUCAGGACAGCAUUUAAGCAUAUGCUGCAGUCAUUGCUGUGCAGUUCAGCAAUGUUUGAAGUUCAGCAAGUGCAAAGGGAAUGGGAACACUCAGUUUUGUUCCUUUAUGUUGAAGGGAACAACUAAACUCACUUGUCAUUCAGGACAUACCUUGACAGAAGGGUGAUUUGUCUGUUCAAGCAAGGGGUCCCAGCUCCCCAAGGUGAGGCUCCUGCAGAGGAGGGUGAUGCAUCUUCCUUUUCAGGGGAUGAAGGUUGUGUCACAACCUUCUCUCAUAACCCUCUGGUAAUUCCCUCUGAAGCCCUGGCACAGGGUGCCCAGAGCAGCUGUGGCUAUCCCUGGAUGUGUCCAAGGCCAGGUCGGACACUGGGGCUUGGAGCAGCCAGGGAAGGUGUCCCUGCCCAUGGCAGGGGUGGCACUGGAUGGGAUUUAAGGUCCCUUCUGGCUCAAACCAUUCUGUGAUUCUAUAAUGAUGGUAUAGUGGAGGAGUUUUGGGAGGGGAAGGUGUUUAUAGAUGUUACUGUGGUGUUCUUUCAGUGUUAAAGUUAUUUCCAUCUCCAGUCAGUCUGGAUACUUCCCCUGUUUUGUUUCUUAAUUAUUAUUUGCCCCAUACAGGCUUCAUUAACUUCCUUUGUCUCCAUUUCCUCUGUCCUUUUGUGGCUGAGGAUAUUCUCAAAAUCCAUGGAGGGUUUUCCUUUUGUUCUCCUCUUUCCCUGUAAGCAACAAACUCCUGGUGGAGGUGGGGGCUUCUGUUUAAACAGUUUAAACAGACUGUAGGUUCUUUUUAGUGAAGAAUCUAGGCACUUUAAAACCAGCUGGAAACAAGCUCUUCAGCUCACUUCUGCUGGCACAGAUCUCUAGGUUUAGGAAGAAAGUUUGGCACAGGUAAAACCAUAAUGGAUGUAUCCAGUGAAAGAGAGCACACAGCCCCAUUCCAGAUGAAGAGAAACACCCCUGGUAGGUACUAGCUUUUAAAUAUGCCAUGUGGAUACAAAAUCCUUAUGGCCAGCAGAGUGUCAAUAGCUGAUUACAAAUUUGGUUUGAGAUCAUAGCUUGGCUGUGGGUAAAUUAGAUGAAUAAGUGAAUGUGUCACUGGGCUGGCAAAAGCUGAUUUAUUUUAAGCACAGUUUAUUCCGGAAUUGGAAAUGAUGAAGAUGCUGAACAAAACACACAGGUGGCUAAUAGUCAAUUGGGGAUGGAAAGUACAAGCUAGGUCUGGAAUUCUAAGGAUUUUUUGUUUGUUUGUUUGUUUUGUGGGUUUUUUCCCCAGAAAAAUUGUUUUAUUCAGGUGCCUGUUCCUAAGAGAAAAGUAGAUUCCAAAAUGUCUUAGACAAUGGAAGAUAUUAGCAAGUGUAGCUAAAAUGUUAUGUUAUCUUUCUGCUUGCAAUCUUAAAGACAGUUUCACCUGCUUUCUAAGUUCCUAGUAUUUCCCUUCAAGCUGCUACUGAAGUGACUAUUAAUAAUUCCAUCCAUUGUGUAAGGUGGCAUGUAAAUCCUUUUAAGUGUUGUUAGGUUUUGAAGAAAAGGAGCAUGUUGCUUGGCCAGACUUAUCAGAAAAGAGGGAAAAGUAAAUGUUAACCUGGGUAACAAAAGCUUGACAAAGACCUAUGAAGGCAGCUUGUGGUAAAUCUCAGCAGGUGGUGUCAACAUUUCUGUUGAAAAGCCAGAUGCAGCCAGAUGGAAAAUUGCAUCUUUAACCCCUGAGGUCAUAAUGACAUGUCAUCACUUCAUUUGAUCCCCCUGCUAAGUGAGCUUAUCAUCCACCCUGCUGUC